CUAGAAACAAAAUGGCGUAUGAAAGACAAAAAAUUGUGACAAGACUAAAAUAAUCAUAUGAAUUUGGAAACAGUUACUCCUGGACAUGGAAGUUUUCUAUAACAAAUUCUUGAAAUAGGUGAAUGAUAAGAAAAUGUUACCUUAAUAAUGGAGCAAGAGGAAGUUUCUGAGGAUUUGAAUGAUCUCCGUAAAAAGAGGUUGGCUUAUUUUGAAACACUCAACAAGGUGGAAUCAAAUGCUCUUGGAAAGUCAAGCAGGGCUGCAUCUGUAGCAGGUGAUAAUGGUUAUUAUGAAUUGGACAAACAUGAAAGAAGUACUGGAAGCCAUCCUAUUCAAGAUGAAAAAACAGUGUCAAAUCAAAGAAAUGUUCGUGAAAUACAGACAUUUAAGGAUACAGAAAUAGUUUCUCAGUGGAAUAAACAUAGUUCAGGAGAAACACUCAAUUUGAAAGAACAUUUGUAUAGUAACACAAUAAAAGAAUCAAUAAAUGAAAAUAUUAAAAAGCAGAACAGAGAUUCUUUGACAGGGAGUAGGGGUGGACAGCAUUUACCUUCUAGCAGAGGGGAUGAAUUGAAAACAUCUUCAUUUUAUGUAAUAGUUCCUGAGCAUGAAGCAUCUGAGCCAAGUACUGAUAGUAAAAGUAAAUAUAUGUUGUUGAAAGAAACAUUGCCAGAAACAUCCCUUACAUAUAAUUCUAGUGAAAUUAAGCAUGAUGAUGGGGUUAAGGAUACCAAAAAUACAGAUGGUUUGGAUGCAUACAAUGAAACUGUUGAGAGACUCAUAAAAGCUACAAAGGAAGAAUUAUUAGGUUUGAAGGCCAGUGAUGACAUUUGGACAAAAAUUAAGACUGAACCACUGGCACUUGUAAAGGUGACUGAAGAAAAUGUAUAUAAACCUAAAAUUGAGAGAGGAUUGGAUGCAAAUCCAAAAGCAAGUUAUUUGCAAAAACAAGAAUCUGUCUUUGAAAAUGGUAAUUCUGGUUGGCAAAACAAUGACAAAUCACAAGAAAAGCAUAGAUCAUCAUCAGACCAAACAGAGUCAGGGUUUCAAAGACACCCAGUGGGAAGGUCUUUCUCAGAAUCUGGAAUGCCAUCACAAAUCAUUGAUAGUUCUUUCUCAGAUAAACAGGCUACACCAAGCCUAAGAGAGCACAGAGCUUCAUGCAGUGGUGAACUUCAUCCAUCUAAAAGUCGCAUGGAACCUAGCUUUCACCAUCACAGAUCAGAAGAAGAUAUUGCAAAUAACAAGGCAAAUAACAAGAGCUUGACUACCACAAAAGUAGAAGAAAUAUUUAGCUCAAGGCAAGUGCCAAGGCAAAGUGUAAAACCUAACAAAGUGGAGGAAUCACUUGAUUUUAGUGAAUCUAAAAAGGCAAUAUUAGAAGAAAAAAAUAUUGAUAUGACAGAACUAGGUCUUGAAACACAUCGGCCUGGCAUCGACAGGGUGGAUACGAUGGAUGCAGUAGCUGAUGAUAUAAAUCUUGGAGAUGCUGUUAGCAAGGAACUUAGACUAUUGUUAGGAGAGGAAAAAUUCAAGGAAUUCUUGAUGAAGUCCAAGAAAGAUAUUGAUGAUUUGAAUGAUAGAUCUGCUGAUAAUUCAGCUAGAAGUGAUAAAACGCCUAGGUUGUUUAAAGAAAAACCUAAACAGCAAGAAAUGCAUGUAAAUAAAACCAAAGAAACUCUUGGAAAACAUACACCAAGUCAAAACAUGAAGAACAUUUCUCAUACUCAAGUUAAAAAUUCACAAGAAUUUACACCAAGAAUGUUAGAUGGUGAAGCUGUUCAAAGCUUAUUGGGUGAAUAUAUUUUGAACAAAAACAAAGUAGUGAAGGAGGUAUCUGUUGAUAUUGUGAACAGGCGGAAGGACAAACCUGACAGAAUUGAGGAAAAGGGGAAAAGGGACAGUGGUAUUGUGAUUACAGCCAUUGAUCUUGAAGAGGACUUAAAGAAUGAGUCCCUAAGGCCCAAACUUAACAGACCCAAACAUGACCCGCUAACAAUUUAUCAAGAUAAGAAAGGUAGUGAAUCAGAAACAAACAAUAAACAGGUUGUCAAAGGUGAAUCCAAGCAAGGUCUGUCUAAAAGCUAUGAGCAGGUUGCAGUGUCAAGAAAUGUAGCUUUUUCUGCAGAUGAAAUCUACAACCAGGCUUAUGGAUCUCAGUUUUCUACUCAAAGUGGGAUUGUCAGUCCACAAUACGAAAGAAGCAGCAUUCAAUUUGAUUUCAUCCCGGCUGGUGUGUCUCAAAAUCCUGCAGGUAUAGUUGGAGGUCCAGUACAGUUUAAUAGAGAUUCACUUGAAAGUGAUCUUCAUUUGGCUCGAUAUAAGGAGUAUGUUUCUAGACACCAGGCAUUCCCUGGUGAACAAGUUCGACAGACAUCUCAAUUUGUUAAUUCAAGGCCACAGUAUAUGCAGAGCUAUCCAUCUACAAGUUCUGCAGAUUAUAAAGAGAGAGGGCAUUCUGCCAUUGGAAGCUCUGCUGUUAAUGCACAGAAAAUGGUUAGAGUACCUUAUCGGCCACAAAUUCCUCAAGCUCAGACAUUGAACAAUUGUUUGACCAACAAUGUGCAUCAUUCAGAGAGUGCUUUUCAUCCGGAUAUUAGGAUGAUUGCUCCUCAUCCCCCAACAAAACUAGCCAAACCUGUUCACACAGUCCACACCAACAUGUACACGAGCAAUUCUGUUGUCAAUACAACUCAAGCGGCAUCGGUUACUAUGACAAUCCCAGCAACAGCAGUUCCCUUGGAAACACAAACAUCACCAUUUCCCAUAUUAAGUAAAGGAUCACCAUUUCCCAUUGCAACCCAAGCAAUACCAGUUUCCAGGGCAAUCCAAGGAAAGCCAGCUCCUAUGGAAAACUAUGCAACAUCAGCUUCCAUGGUGACCCAGGCAUUAUUGUACAGGGGGACAGAAGCAGAUAACAUCAUGCCUUGUAGGUCAUCUGUUUCUAUGCCGAUCACAUCAUCUGUUUCAAAACUUGGAUCAAAUGCUUUAUCGCCGACAAGUGUCAUAGAAUCAGUUGUAGAAUCAGUCACAAGGUGCAGUCCUAUGUCCAUAGCAACCCAGACUCCUGUGUCCAUUUCAAAGAAAAGCACUAAUGAGGUUGCCAGGAGGCUAUCUGAUGCUGUGGUUUCCAUGUCUACACAGACUGGGGAUGAUACUUACUCUUUGGAAGAAACACCAAGAACAUCCACUGUUGAAGUUCAAACAGAUAGAGAAGACUCACCGGACAUCAAUGACAAAGGAACAUUGAUAGCUGAAUCAAUGUUUACAUCAGUAAGUCAAAUACAUGUAAAUCAUGAGGAGAAGUUUGUACCCCAUCCACCAGCCAUGGAAAAAGGCAACAAGCCAUCCCCAAGACGUCACAUUAAGGGUGAGAUUGCCGCCCGUAAAGAGCAGGAUUCAAAACGUCACAUUGACGGCAUAAGACAUCACCAUGAACAAAGAAGGACCCAGAGUGAAGAAGAACGCUGUUUUGAAGAACAGGCAGCUCAUAGUCAAAAAACAUUUGCAAAGGCCUCGCUAGAGAGGUAUUUCUCAUCAAUGGAAAAUGUAGGUGUUGACAAACCAGCCAAGUCUGUCUCUUUGUCAUCCACUGGCUCGCCAGAUGUACCAGAUGAGCUUGAACUUGAGAGUCUGACCUCUGAGAGAUAUAAUAUGACUACUGAUGGGGAAACAGUUGGCAUAAGUGAGGCUAAUGAUGACGGGAGUGCAGUGUUGAAUGAAAUGGUAAGAUUGACUGCAUUUCAGAGUAUAGAACAUUUCUUUGGGGAAUCUAGUGAGAGAGAUUUGAAGAGGAAUUCUACCGUCUCUUUUCAUCCAGUGGUGCAGGACUAUUCAGAUCAUGGUGAGGCAUUGCGAUUGCUUAAUUAUCCUGUUCCUAAUGAAAAAGGUGACGCUAAGGAAGCUGAUGAUCUGACACUGGUCAACAGUGUUGUCAAUACGGAUAUGACUGUGAACGGAGGUGGACUCACUGAAAGACUCAAAGACCUCGGCAUUGAAUUAGAUCAUGUGAAACAGGAUGGGGUGCAGCUUUCUGAUGGUGACACGAAGAAACACAAAGGCAAGGGUAAAGUGUUGAUUGUGUGUCCGGACUGCCAGGGUCUGAACAAAGAGUACAUGUCCUGGUGCACACACUGUGGAGAGAUGAUCAUAGGAGUUGAGCCAAUGUUAGUGAGCAAAAAUAAGGAGGGAAAAAUCAGGACUAAACCAUUAACUAGCUGCAAGGUUGAUAAGAUAUCAGAGAAUAUUAUGAUACAGGACACAGCAUUUGUUGAUAACAACCAAAAUGUAAAUUCUGUGAUGCCUAGAAGUGAUAAAGCUUUCACUCUUAAUCUUGGUGCAAUAAAUGCGUCAGAGAAAGAGGAUUGUGUUUUUAUUAGCCCAAAAAAAGGAUCUCCAAUAAAAUCUGACAAAGACAGUGGCCGUCCUUCAAGUGAUGACCAUGACCUUGAGCUUCAAACUCAGAAGAUUGAAGAAGAAGUUGUCAAUGAUAUAUGUGCAACCAUAUCUGAUCCUGUGUUAAAAGGAUAUGUGAAGUCACAGUUCAGCAAAUCUCACCCUCAGGUAGAUGAUUCUGAGAAAGUAAAAUCUAGAAAUGAACUUGAGCUAUUCUUGGAAAGUAACCUGCCAGAUAGUGAGGGUCUGCAUUCUAGAAAGCAUGAUAUUGUGUCAUUAACUAGUGAGCUUUUCAAUCCAGACAUUUCCAAUAAUGUGCAAUAUAAAAUUGCUAUGUACAACCAAAAGGUGGUUGAAAAACCUUUGAACCAGUCAUCAAAAUAUCAUAGUUCAAAUCCUAAACUUGACAAGAAAGCUAAAGAACUAAAUGAAAGCUUAUUCCCUCCACCUUUACCAAACUUUAGUGCAAACUUACCUUCUAGAAGUGAACUCUCUCUAAAGCUCCCUGUAAAUUCCAUGGACUACUCAACUGAUGUCUCUCAAAAUAUUUCAAAUACUUUUGAACCUGUCGUACAUGAUGAGUUGACUAUGACUGACAAGGAUCAAGAGAAAAGGAAGUUAGACAAGGAAGAAAGGAGGCGGGAAAGAAGAAGGAAGAGAGGCCAUGGAGCCAUAGAUGUGGAGGUAUUUGGCUACGAUGAAUCACGCGAAAGUAGAAACUCUAGUCGGGCAAAUCGGUUGGUGCCAUUGCUGAAUCUUGCUGGAACAAGUGAUGAGGACUCAAGCAACAGCAGCGAUGAAGAUGACAGCAUCUUGUCUGAUUUCAAGGGAGCCAGCAAACAGGAACUCAUUGGAGGUGGUUCCCAUACUCCUGUUAAGAAAGCUCUUGGCUCCCAACUGGAACUGCCCAUACAAGAAGUGGAGGAAGUGACAAAACGGUUGCAGCAGACGUUAGAUGAACCAGACAAUAGUGCUAGACCUGUUGUCAGUGAAUAUGAGGCAGUUGUUGAGAAUACACACGGAUAUGCUUUUCAUGAAAAAAACAACUCCUUUCAAAGUUUUAAAUCAAAGACAGAUUCAAGGUUAUCAGAGAUCAAGGUCAGAUCAGGUGCUGCUGAAGCAAGAGGAGAUGAGGACUGGAAAACAUUAUUUGAGCCAGAAACCAUGGGAAUGCCUGAUGCAGAUUUAGAGAACGAUACAACAGAAAGAACAGUUGAUACCAGUCAGCCAUUCCUGGAGCAGCUACUAUCCCAGCCCAAACCCUCCAAGUCCCGGACACGGUCCAAGUCUGCAGGCAGACCGGUCAAGUCUAAGGUUCGUCAGUCAUUGGAGGAGUCUUCGUAUCAGAGGAAGUGGGCUCGGUCAAGUACAGCAUGGUCCAGUUAUAACCCAGGGGAGCUUAAUACCAGUUCCAGUCUGAGGUCAAGUGCUGAUUUUCCACGAUCACGACCUUCAAGUGCUUCAAAAGCCAGAAAACCGCCUGGGGCAGAGCUGCAAACCUCUGGCGAGAUGGAUUAUGACAAUCAGUCUCCCAGUGACCCUGAUCACAGACAAGCAUCUGCUGAGAGGUCCCUGGACAGGAAGAAGAAUAGGCCUUUCAGUGCAGAUGUUAACAUGAGCAGAAAGCCCAUGAAAAAGAAGACUAAGAAAGGUGCAGUUGUUGAAAUUACUGACCUUGACCUUGAGGGCGUGUCUGAGAUGAUUGAGCACCGCCUCCCCAAGCCCAGCAUGAUUGACAGGCUGAAAGUUGAGACCACAGGGAAGGACAUAGAAGCGGGUCACAUGGCCACCCCAGAAUCCACAUACGACAAGUAUAUACAGAUGACGCCCCGUAUAGAGGCAGGCACAGUGUCGCGCUGGCAGUGCCUGCCUGAUGAGAUCCUACUGCAUGUGUUUGCCUACCUGGACCAGGCCUCCCUCACCAAGGUUGCCCAGGUGUGCCAACAAUUCUACCGGGUAGCCAUGGACGAGAGUCUGUGGAAGUACAUCACGAUCAAGAAAUCAAGCCUGGAUGAUGACAGCCUGUAUGAGAUUGCACAGCGACACCCCACCAGCUUGGCCCUGAUACAGUGCAAGGGUGACAACGUGACUGCCAAGGGAUUGAGGGACCUCUUCAAGGAGUGUGCUGACUCCAUUAAGGAGUUGAACAUAUCUCGGUGCAGCCAGGGGGCCCUGAGUGGGGACAGUCUGCUCCUACAUGCGGCUGCACGCUGUCACCACAUCACUCACCUAGACUGCAGCUGGUGUCAUGUCACUGACAGUGGACUCAUGGCCAUAGCCAACUGUGUGCAUAGAUUGGAGAGUCUGUGUAUCAGCGGUUGCCAGGCAGUGAGUAACGACGGCUUGGAGACAGUUGUCAAGAAGCAUGGUGCUCAACUCCGGGUCCUAGAAAUGUUUGGAUGCAUCAAUCUGUCUCCCAGGGGACUGAGAUCCGUGGCCAACAACUGCAUUAACCUGAUCACUCUCAACCUUGGGCAAUGUUAUAAGCUGACUGACUCGUGCAUAUCCCAGCUGUCCGGCAUCCUGGGUCGUAUAGAGUCACUGGACCUGCGAGGCUGCAAACAGAUUAAGGAUAACUGUAUACAUCGGCUUGUAAAGAACUGUUCCCGCCUCAAGCAUCUGUCCCUCGCUAACUGCCUUAACAUCACUGAUGUCUCUAUUCUCGAGAUUUCUACGUACUUGAAUGAUAUAAGGAGCCUGGACGUGUGUGGCUGCAAGCAGAUCACAGACAGCAGUGUGCGGGCAUUGGUGAACACAUGUAGCAACCUGAGACACUUUGACAUCAGUUCCACCAGUUGUACACACAGGAGUGUGUCUAUGAUUGCCAAUUUCUGCGGCCAGCGUCUGGAGACAUUGAAGAUCAACUUUCUGACUGAUGUGACAGAACAGUCGGUGAUCAAGCUGGCAAAGCACUGUCGACGUCUUACCUCAGUGCACAUGUACGGAUGCACAAGCGUGCGCAAUGUGGACAAAAUCAUGGAAGAAAGACCUACCUUUACCCUGGAAAUGUGAUCUACUUCAUUUGCUCAAGCUUGGUAGAUGUAGUUAUGCAAAAUUUAUAUAAUCUUAUAUGACGUAGUUAGAAAUAAUUGGUUAUAAGGGUAUUAAAGCUGCAAAUUAACAGCCUCUAUGUUUCAAUUAUUUUAGUAUGAAAGGUAAUUGUUCACAGAUUGUUUAAAUGAAAAUUAUUCAACUUUGUGUCACAAAUUAAAAUAAUAAAACAUACAGACUCACACUAAAAAUACACUUCUGUUUAUGAGUUAUAAUGUCUGCUAUAAUAAAGCUUUACAAAUAAGAAUCAGUCGAAUAAUUUGAGUAUUUCUGUUGUUCUCGUUCUAAUCUGUGACAACACAUUGAUCUCUUAUUAGCGAGGCUGUUUUCGGAGAAAACCCGAGCUAUUGUCAUAGCCAGCUCGUCCCCCGUAGGUGUCGUGCUAAAACCUUAACAUUGGCUCUAAAAUCAAAGUGCUUCACCUACAACUUUGAAACUUCAUAUGUAGAUGCACCUUGAUGAGUUGUACAUGCCAAACCCAUUUUUGGGUCACUUGGUCAAAGGUCAAGGUCACUGUGACCUUUUAUAUCAAACUUUAAAAUAGGCUCUAAAAUCAAAGUGCUUCCACCUACAACUUUGAAACUUCAUAUGUAGAUGCACCCUGAUGAGUUCUACACACCAAACCCAUUUUUGGGUCACUAGGUCAAAGGUCAAGGUCACUGUGACCUCUAAUAUAAAACUUUAACAAAAACCUUAACAUUGCCUCUAAAAUCAAAGUGCUUCCACCUACAACUUUGAAACUUCAUAUGUAGAUGCACCUUGAUGAGUUCUACACGCCACACCCAUUUAGGGUCACUAGGUCAAAGGUCAAGGUCACUGUGACCUCAAAAAAAUUAAAAAAAUUCUGACAAGCUUUCGCAGCCGAGCGUGGUACCCAUUAUGCGUUGCUCUUGUAUUAAGUAUAACAUUUAUGUCAUACUGUAACAGUCUUGGAUAGUUGAAGGAUCCAGGCAAAAGCUUUUAAUAUAAAGGCCAUUAUUUGGAGCCCAGUUUGGGUAGCUUUUUUGUUAUUUUAUGCUUAAAAUUAUAUUCUUGUAAUAAAACUGCCACUCAUAUAUUCUGCUGUACACAAUUAUCAAUUAAAAACUUUUAAUAACAAACUUCACAAAAAGGCAAAAUCAGUGAAUAAGUCUCAUGAAAAUAGAAUUAAAUAGGAAAUAGAUGGACUGGUAUAUAUUUAUCUUUGACUUUGGCUCAAAGGCUGAAGAAAUGAAGUUAUGUUAUACAUUUGCUUAUCGUGUUAUGUUGUUCAUAAAUGGUUACUUUGGUUGCUAUGAGAGACAAUGUUGCUAACCAUUUUAACAGAAAGCACUGAGCUCUCACUUUUGAAUGUAAAACUCAGAAAAGCAUUGAAAAAAACCACAUAGUUAAAUAAGUAGGCCAAUAAAGAAAAAUGUAAGAAAACUUGAAACAAAUUAUAUGUGUUAAAUUGUGUCUGACAGUUUGUUACCAAAUUUGUAAAUGAUGCUUAGUUUAUGAAAGACUAAAUAUUGUACUGGUAUUUGUAUCUGCAUAGAUAACAAAGUGCCUGUUUCUCCUCAAAUUAUUUCUCUUAAUCUUUGUGCUUUGGUGAUUAAUUCAUAACUAUUGGUAUAGUUCUACUUUUGUAAAAAAAAAAGUAAAUAUACUUUACCAGUAUUUUAUUUAAUCACCCAACAUUAGAUUACAUUAGCGUGACAAUAAUAUUGGUCUUGUAUGAUGUGCUGCAUUCCCUGUUGAAUAGUAGGAAAAACAAUAUCAGAAAUGUAGUUAGAUGAUCAUUGAACUAAUUGCUACCACAAAAUAUGAUUCAAUGUGGUAUUUGGUAUUCGUUUUUAUGUCCCCCGCCACUAUAGUGGGGGACAUAUUGUUUUUUCCCUGUCUGUUGGUUUGUUUGUUUGUGUGUUUGUAUGUUUGUUUGCACCAACUUAAACAUUUGCAAUAACUUUUGCAAUUUUGAAGAUAGCAACUUGAUAUUUGGCAUGCAUGUGUAUCUCUUGGAGCUGCACAUUUUGAGUGGUGAAAGGUCAAGGUUAUCCUUCAAGGUCAAAGGUCAAAUAUAUAGCUUCAAAGCGGCGCAAAAGGGGACAUACAUGUAGUGUUUCUGACAAACACAUAUCUUGUUUAUCUGUGAUUUUUAUAUGAGGUAAAUUCAUGUAGUUUUUGUUUAUCAGUGAUUACUAUUAUGCUCAAAUGGUUACCACAGAAUGAAACAGCUAUAAACAUGUGGAUGUGUGAUUAGAUUGUCGUUUGGGAUUUUUUUUUUAGUUAAUGUCACAAUUGUUAAAGGUUGGUUUCAUAAUAAUCAGUGUAAAUUAAUACUAAAAAUAUUGUUUGCCAUCCAUAAACAUGUGCUUAUCUAAGGUUCAAAAAAGAGUUUUUCGUGUUGACAUGGCCAAAUUGUUUAAUGCAUUUUCGUAAAGUUUCAUCCCAGAUUAGCCAGUGCAGUCUGCACAGGCUAAUAAGGGACGAGACACCUAAAUGAUUUUUUUGUUUAAAGAACGACUCUUCUUAGAAAAAAUCGAGUUUAGGCUGAAAGUGUGUCCCCUGAUUAGCCUGUUUGGACUGCACUGGCUAAUCUGGGACGAAACUUUGUGCACAUGCAUUGAACCCCCUUUUCACAGAGCGCGGCUCUUUUUUUUUUAGCUCCACUGGCCAAAGGCCAGCGGGGCUUAUGUCAUGGUCCUGUGUCUGUUGUGUGUGCUUCAGUGCGUCUGUGCGUUAACUUUUUCUUUAAACAUCUUCUUCUCUUAAACAACUGGUCCAAUUCUGAUGAAAUUUCUCAGGAAUGUUCAUGUGGUGAACCUCUUUCAAAUUUGUUCAAAUUAUGCCCCUGGGGUCAAAUUUGACCCUGCCCCGGGGGGUCAAAAAAUGGAAAAUUUGCUUAUAUAAGGCCUAUUUUGUGCAAACUUUAUAAAUCUUCUUGUCCAUAACCAUUGGGCCUAGGGCUACCAAAUUUAGUAUGUAGUGAAAUCUUAUAGACCUCUACCUAGUUUGUUCAAAUUAUGCCCCUGGGGUCAAAUUUGACCCUGCCCUGGGGGUCAAAAAAUUGAAAAUUUGCUUAUAUGAGGCCUAUUUUGUGCAAACUUUAAAAAUCUUCUUGUCCAUAACCAUUGGGCCUAGGGCUACCAAAUUUAGUAUGUAGUGAAAUCUUAUAGACCUCUACCUAGUUUGUUCAAAUUAUGCCCCUGGGGUCAAAUUUGACCCUGCCCUGGGGGUCAAAAAAUUGAAAAUUUGCUUAUAUGAGGCCUAUUUUGUGCAAACUUUAAAAAUCUUCUUGUCCAUAACCAUUGGGCCUAGGGCUACCAAAUUUAGUAUGUAGUGACAUCUACCGGUAAUAGUCCUCUACCAAGUUUGUUCAAAUUAUGCCCCUGGGGUCAAAUUUGACCCUGCCCCGGGGGGUUAAAAAAUUGAAAAUUUGCUUAUAUAAGGCCUAUUUUGUGAAAACUUUAAAAAUCUUUACAUCCAUAACCAUUGGGCCUUGGGCUACCAAAUUUGGUAUGUAGUGACAUCUAAUAGUCCUCUACCAAGUUUGUUCAAAUUAUGCCCCUGGGGUCAAAUUUGACCCUGCCAUAUGGGGUAAAAAAAUUGAACAUUUGCUUAUAUAAGGACUAUUUUGUGCAAACUUUAAAAAUCUUCUUGUCCAUUACCGUAUGGCAUAGGGCUACCAAAUUUGGUAUGUAAUGACAUCUUAUAGUCCUCUACCAAGUUUGUUCAAAUUAAGCCCCUGGUGAUCAAAUUUGACAGUUCCCCAUGGGUAACAAAAUUGAACAUAUGCUCAUAUUGGGCCCAUUUUGUGCAAACUAUAAAAAUCUUCUUGUCCAUAACCAUUGGGCCUAUUUCUACCAAAUUCGGUAGGUAGUGACAUAUAAUAGUUCUCUACUUAGUUUGUUCAAAUUAUGCCCCUGGGAACAAAUUUGACCUUGCCCCAGGGGUCACAAAUAUGAACAUAUGCUUAAAUAAGGCCUAUGCAAUCUUCUUGUUCUUAAUUAUAGAGCCUAGGGGUACUACAUUUGGUAUGUAGUGAUAUCUCAUAGUUUUCUACCAAAUUUGUUCAAAUUAUUCCCCUGGGCUCAAAUUUAACCCGGCCCCGGGGGUCACAAAACUGAACAUAUGACGUUUACCAGUGGAGAUUACUGCGGCCGUUUUGCUGUGACCAACAAGAAUAUCAACAUCUUGUAAAAAUGAAAUAAAACCCUGUCAUUUAGUGCCAUUUUAGGUCAGAUGGUGACUGCUUACAAAGGCAUUGAAGUAAGAACAUGUGUUAUGAAUGUUUUUCUUACAAACUGAAAAAAGUCGGGUUUUAUUUAAAUAUGUCGAAAGUGACCAUAUAUCCGGAUGAAAAUAUUUUGGAUGACAUGUUAAUUUCAUGCCUUUUUCGUAGUGUUUAAACCAGUUAAAUAAUAUAUUAUUGAUUUUAAAAACACAACUUCCAUGAACAUAAUUAUUUCAAGAAAAGUCAAUAUAUGAUACUGCAAGGUAAACUCAAACUUUGUAUCCAAGAGAAGGUGUUGAAAUUAAUGAAGUGCAAUGUUCUUAACUAUUGUUUAUGCUGCUUUUUAAUAACUAAUGAUUCAUUAAUCCAUUUGUGAAUCGUGACUCAUGAAUUGUGGAUAUGAUUGUCAAUUGCUCAACAAUCCAUAUAUAUUUCUGACCAUUUUAUAAUUUUCUUAAUAUAAGUUAUGAAUUGAUCUUAGAAGUCAAAUGUAUUACUGAAUUAAAUACAUUUAUAAAUAUAAAGAAAUAAUCUUUAGAUUAUCAUAAUAUUCUCAGGCCUGUUGGUCUUAGAGAUGUGUGGGUUGAUGAGCAAUUUCUCCUUUUUAUCACAAUUAUUUCUACCCUACCUGAUCAUUUCCUUCAUAUACCAUUUUAAUUUAAUUGACGUCUGCAACCUCUUUCAAAUUGGGAAAGUCCAAAAUGUGUCGUUUGGUAAAGGGUUAAGGCAUUUUGAUUCCUCUGGGUCUUGUGAAUCUGUUUCAAAUCAAAUGCGUAGAUUUGAUCUUCAGCAUCUAAAAAUAUGUGAAAUAGAAAGAACGACAAUAUCUUUUGGAGAGAUAAAUGUACCUACGUUAUAAGCAAAGGACCUGUGCAACAAUUCCCGGGCUUUUAAGUCUGUUUAGUUAACACGGUAGUAACUUUUUCCAUAUAUAAAAAUGCUCACCCUUCCAACUUUAAAACCUCAGUGGGACGAGGGAUAGAAAGAGAAAGUCAUAUGCUUGAGUACAUUUCAACCCAUGCACAUUGCACAUUUUUUCCCCAAAGAAAAAACAGUGGAGUAAUACAGGGCCAUCAUGGCCCUCUUGUUUUUUUGUACUUCAGGUUCGUUUGUUGAUAAAUUAGUUCUACUUUUCACUGUCCUUACAAGUUGCAUGAUUUACAAGCUUAUUAAAAAUCUGUGAUUUUUAUGUAUGAAUAUACAUAUUUAUUGUAUUUGAUAAAUGUUCACCCAUUUUCAUCAUUGUUAAACAAAAUCCAUGUAAAUACACAAGGUUAUAGGCUUCAUAUGAAUAACAAUUAACUGAUUUCACAAAUAUAUAAUUUUUUUUGUCAAGAAAUUUUGCAUAUAGAUUUUGCUCACUUUUAAAUUGUUAUACUUAUGUUAUUCUGUCCAACAUUUAUUGGAUAUUAUGUUUAUUAUAUUCCGUCCAACAUUUAUUGGAAAUUAUGUAUACUUCAUAUAUAUAUAAUAAAAGAAGUUUAUUUGUUCAUGUUUUAGUCUUAAAAUUUGUGUUCAUCCGUAGUUUUUGCAUUUAGAUAACCAUUUACUCUGUGAAAUAAAAAGAAGUAUUUAGUGGGAAACAGUUUUAUUUGUAUACAAAACAAAAAUAUGUAAUGUAUUUUAUUGAACUAUACUUACCUUUAUAUGAUUUUGAUUUAAGCUUUGAAAAACACUGCAACACUUUCUAUGGUUUUGAUUGUUUCUAACCAUAUUUUUAUACAUUUAAUGAAUUAUUUAAAACUGCUUUUGUAUUGUUUGUAUUUUUAUAACUAAAAAAGAAAAAAGCUGGGAAAACACUUUUGGCUUGGCCUAUUUCUAGAAAGCUUUUUGUACAUUUUCUAUUCAUUUAAAAUCUCAAGUCCAAAUAUACAAGUUCAUGAAGACAUUCAUAUAUUGUUCUGUCCCACCAUAUGGGAGACAUUAAAUAAGCUCCGCAUUUCUACGUUUAUUGGUACUUUCAUCUAUUCUUGGUCGAAUCUUCGCAGAUUUUAAUUAAACCUUCACAGCUGAAUAUCCAUAAUGUUCAGAUGAUCAUGAAGAAAGUUAUUUUGUCUUGGAUUAAAAACUGCACAUUUUUGUUGUUUUUUUUUAACAAAAAGUUGGUAUUUUUUCCUUUUUUUUAAACAUUAAGUCCUCAAAGUUGUGUGUACUCAACCCCUAUUAACUGCUUGGGGGAUUUAUUUCACAGCUGAAUUACCUUUAUGUAUGAGACUAGUGAAUCUUAGGAAGAUGUUUUGGCCCCCACCAAUAUGGGCAUACUUGUGGACAAUGCCAUGUUUUGUACUGUAUUAUGUAUGCACUUCCUUACAUGUUUCGGACUACAUACACUUCUACAAUCUUUAGCAGGCAUUCAUACUUUCACAGCAAAAUAUUAUUUUAUGUAGUUGGUAAAAAAGACAAGCAUUGUAGCUGCAAAAAAAAGAAUUGUGGAAUAAUGACCUUAUUGUCAUAUUUACAUUAAGUAUACGUAAAGAUGAUUUUGAGUGGAGGAUUUGUGUGUGUGCAAACAUGUUCCUAGAUGUGCCUGUGACACUGCUUUUUUUAUAUACACAUAAUUUGAACCUCUAUGCAAAUGUGUUUUUGAAACCACAAUGUGAUUGUUAAAUCAGCUCUUGUGUUUUGUAGAAAGUUUGCUUUAAGUUUAUGUAUAUUUUAUGAUACUUUUUGGAGAGAUUUUCCUUAUACAUUUGUAGCAUGUCUAACAUGUUUAAGUCUUAUUACGCGUUGUUCUUUUGGAUGCUUUUUGUUUGUUUUCUUUACACUUUUCCAUUUGUACUAUUCCUGUCUUAUCUUCAGUAUUGUACAUGUUUUCAUGCAACUGGUGUUGUGGUUACAUUUCAGCAUCUGGAAUUGACCUUCACAAUACAGAUGUUUAAUUAAACAGAAAACCAGUCUCCUGCAAUUUAUUAACUAUUAUUAUCACUAGUUUAUAUAUAUUAAUAUUUAUUAUCAAUUUAUUUUAGAAUAUGUAUUCUAUAUGGCUAUGCACUUAAAAAUAAGUUAAAUGAUAACACUGCGCGAAGUCCAGAAUAUGGAUCCGUUUUUAAUAUAAACAUGGGGUUGUGCUUAUUAUAUAACUUAUAAAUGUUACAAACAGUGUUUUCAGUAUUAUUGUUAGUUGUUUCUUGUUGGCAAAUAUAUGAUGACAAUUGCUAAAGGUCGGUAUUACAUUAUUCGAUUUCCUAAUGAUGAAUGUUUUGCAACUGCAAUACUGUUCUUUAUCUUAGAAAGCCCCACUUCUCCAGCUUGUUUCGUGUUUUGCACAUGAAGUAUUCACGUGUAUAUUACUGCCUGUGGAAUUGCACCUGUGGCCGUGUAAGGAAUGGUCACGGAGCAUGUUUUCAGAGUUAUUAUAAUCUCAAUUCUUUAUCAACAAAUACAAUAUUAUAUAAUGACACAAAAGAAGGAACUGGAAUGUAGAAAUAAACUGUUUUAAUUGA